AUGGCCUCGUCAAUUAACAUUCACUCUUCUUACUCAAGCUCCCAACUUAUUUUAACAGGAUUAUCUGCAUUGGCUUUAAUCCAGGGUGUCAACGCAAAUAGUGGAUCUUUCGAUGAAAGCAACCAGGAUGAAGAAGCAGGUACCACCACUGCAGUCGCUGAAACCGCCGAUGCAGCUGCCACUGCUGCAACUGUUGCUGCAGCUGAAUCUCUUGCAGGUAACUCUGAAACCACUCCUUUGGUAGCUCCUACUACCACUGCUGCCACUGAGAAGUCUCAAACAGCAGCUACUUCUGCUACCGUUGAAGCAGCUAACUCUCAACUAGUUAAUUCUGCAGCAGUCACUGCCCAAAAUAAGAAAAGUGCCACCGGCUCAGUUGGCGCAGCAUCAACUGCAACUGGUGUAUCUUACAAUCAAUACGGAUUUACUGGAUCUCAAUCUGUUUGGGAGGCAGCAACUGCAUUAAGCGGCGCAACAACUGCAUUAACAAGUACCACUACAGGUUCCCUGACCUCACACUCCUCCCUGGUUGCAUCAGUCAAGGGAAAUUCUACAUCCAACGCUAACAAAUUACAGUUAGUUGGCUUUGAAAGAGAUAACUCUUGGAAAAAUAUGAUGUUAGUAGGAGGAAUACUUGGUGUAAGUGCUUUAUUACAAGCCUUAUAG